AGGCGUGGCGAUGCCUGCGGUUUUCCGGGUGGGAGCUUGAAGAGGUCGGCGAGCAAGGACAUCGCUGGGGUUGCUGGUGCUGGGCUCUCUCUCCCCACUUAAGCUGAGCGCCUCAGCCUCAACAUGUACAUACAGAGGUUUUUCCAGUCCUCCUCUCUUCGGUGGGCUUGGAGGUUUGCCUUCCUGAAGCACAUCCAAUCUGGGUACCAAGGAACCUGCCGGUGGACACAUUUUGGAGGCAGCACCUACAAAGCAGUGAUUUUUGACAUGGGCGGUGUUCUCAUUCCUUCUCCAGGGAAAGUGGCUGCAGAAUGGGAGGUACAGAAUCAUAUCCCCUCUGGAACCAUAUUGAAGGCCUUUAUAGAAGGUGGUGAAAAUGGGCCCUGGAUGAGAUUUAUGAGAGGAGAGAUAACAGUACAGAAUUUCUUACAAGAAUUUGAGGGACUUUGCUCUCAAAUGUCAAAGACCUCUGUGCCCGUGGACUCAUUUUUCUCUCUGCUGACCAGUGAGCGAGUGGCAAAGCAGUUCCCAGUGAUGACAGAGGCCAUUGCUCAAAUUCGGGCAAAAGGCCUUCAAACUGCAGUCUUGAGCAAUAAUUUCUACCUUCCUAAUGGGAGAAGCUUUUUUCCCCUGGAUCGGAAACAGUUUGAUGUGGUGGUAGAGUCCUGCCUGGAAGGUAUCUGUAAGCCAGACCCUGGGAUCUACAAGCUAUGCUUAGAGCGGCUGGGCCUGCAGCCCUCCGAGUCCAUCUUCCUUGAUGAUCUUGGAGCAAAUCUAAAGGCAGCUGCCAGCCUUGGUAUUCACACCAUUAAGGUUGAUGAUCCCGAGACUGCAGUACAGGAAUUAGAAACUCUUUUGGGUUUUACAUUGAGAGUGAAUAUUCCAAACACACGUCCUGUGAGAAAGACAAUGGAAAUACCAAAAGAUUCCUUAGAGAAGUACCUCAAAGACUUACUGGGGAUCCAAACCACAGGCCCAUUGCAAGUCCUUCAGUUUGAUCACGGGCAGUCUAAUCCAACUUACUACCUCAGGCUGGCCGACCAUCAGCUGGUUCUGAGGAAGAAACCUCCAGGAGCACUCCUUCCAUCUGCCCACGCAGUGGAGAGGGAGUUCAGGAUUAUGAAAGCCCUUGCAAAUGCUGACGUGCCUGUCCCUAAUGUUCUUGACCUCUGUGAAGAUUCAAGUGUCAUUGGCACCCCCUUCUAUUUGAUGGAGUACUGCCCAGGUGUCAUCUACAAAGACCCCUCCCUACCAGGCUUGGAGCCCAGCCGAAGGCGAGCCAUAUACACUGCCAUGAACAGAGUCCUGUGCAAAAUCCACAGUGUGGACCUCCAGGCUGCAGACCUGGAAGACUACGGGAAGCAUGGGGACUAUAUUUUGCGCCAGGUGCAAACCUGGAUUAAGCAGUAUCGAGCCUCAGAAACCAGCACCAUCCCAGCCAUGGAGAAGCUCAUUGAGUGGCUGCCGCUGCAUCUCCCCAGUCAGCAGAGGACCACAGUGGUGCAUGGGGACUUCAGGCUUGACAACCUGCUGUUUCAUCCAGAAAAGCCAGAGGUCCUUGGUGUCCUUGACUGGGAACUUUCUACCUUAGGUGACCCCCUUGCUGAUGUGGCCUACAAUUGCAUGGCUCACUAUCUGCCGUCCAGUUGCUCCCUGCUGAGAGGUUUGAAUGACUGUGAUUUGACUCAACUGGGAAUCCCUACUGCAGAGGAGUAUUUCAGGAUGUACUGUCUUCACAUGGGGAUCCCUCUCAUUGAAAAUUGGAACUUCUAUAUGGCUUUCUCCUUUUUCCGCGUGGGUGCCAUCCUCCAGGGAGUCUACAAGCGAUCACUCACAGGGCAAGCAAGCUCAGCAACUGCUGAACAGAGUGAGAAGUUGACUGAAUUUAUGUCUAACCUGGCAUGGGAUUUUGCAGUCAAAGAAGGAUUCCGGGUUUUCAAAGAAAUGCCAGUCACAAAACCAUUAAUGAGGUCCUACCACACGUGGGUACCUGCACAGUCCCUGCUGACCCCCAUGGGCACAAGGAGUUACUGCUCCAUUCCAGAAACUCCCCCAGCUCAUGUUUCAAAGGGAGUUCUGGUCAUCUCUCCAGAGGGCCUUUCUCCUCCAGUCAGAGAGCUGUAUCACCAGCUGAAGUGCUUUAUGGAGCAGCAUGUAUACCCCGCAGAGCCAGAGCUGCAGAGUCACCAGGCUUCAGUGGACAGAUGGAGACCCUGCCUGCUGAUGGAAGAUCUCAAGGAGAAAGCCAAGGCCGAAGGACUUUGGAAUCUUUUCCUACCCUUGGAGAUUGAUCCUGAGAAAAAAUAUGGGGCAGGACUGACCAACAUGGAAUAUGCACAUCUGUGUGAGCUCAUGGGCAUGUCUCUGUAUGCUCCUGAGAUAUUUAACUGCUCUGCCCCUGACACGGGAAACAUGGAACUUCUGGUAAGGUAUGGCACUGAGGAGCAGAAGGCUCGCUGGCUGGUUCCUUUGCUGGAGGGCAAGGCUCGCUCCUGUUUUGCUAUGACUGAGCCACAGGUUGCCUCAUCGGAUGCCACCAACAUUGAGGCUUCCAUCAGAGAAGAGGAUUGCUCCUAUGUCAUAAAUGGUCACAAGUGGUGGAUCACAGGCGUCCUGGAUCCUCGUUGCCAACUCUGUGUGUUUAUGGGAAAAACAGACCCGCUUGCCCCAAGCCACCAGCAGCAGUCUAUCCUUCUGGUUCCCAUGGAUACCCCAGGAAUAAAAAUCAUCCGGCCCCUGACAGUGUAUGGGCUGGAAGAUGCUCCAGGAGGCCACGGUGAAGUCCGAUUUGAAAACGUGCGUGUGCCCAAGGAGAACAUGGUCCUGGGACCUGGGCGAGGCUUUGAGAUCGCCCAGGGCAGACUGGGCCCCGGCAGGAUCCAUCACUGCAUGAGGUUGAUCGGGUUCUCAGAGAGGGCCCUGGCAUUCAUGAAGGCUCGCGUGAAGUCCCGCGUGGCCUUCAGGAAGCCCCUGGUGGAGCAGGGCACAGUGCUGGCAGAUAUUGCCCAGUCACGUGUGGAGAUCGAGCAGGCCCGGCUGCUUGUGCUGAAAGCUGCUCACCUUAUGGAUGUGGCAGGAAAUAAGGCUGCAGCUUUGGAUAUAGCCAUGAUUAAAAUGGUAGCCCCAUCCAUGGCCUGCCGAGUGAUUGAUCGCUCUAUCCAGGCCUUUGGAGCAGCAGGACUGAGCAGCGACUACCCCCUGUCUCAUUUCUUUGCCUGGGCCCGUGCACUGCGCUUUGCUGAUGGUCCUGACGAAGUGCACCAGGCAACAGUGGCCAAGAUGGAGCUAAAGCACCGCACUUAAACCUUUGGGACUGUGUGGGCUGGAUGUCCCAGCUGUGCCGGCCACUCCCAGAGCCGAAACCAUAACUGCUUUGAGAGGUCUGCUGUGUGGGAGUUUCGAACCCUGCCCAGCAUCUCUACCCUGGAACAACUGGGAUGAACUCAGCCUUUUCAGGUCACCAUGGAACAGUGGUUCUCAAACUUCCUAAUGCCCCGGCCCUUUAAUACAGUUCCUGUGGGUCGUGACCCACAGGUUAAGAACUGCUGCCAUAGAAGAUGUUUCUAUGAGAAGCAGUGUUUGUAUUUCCGGUGAGAGAGGGGAUUAGCUGCAAGCUGAGCAGGUUUUGGGACGGAGCCUGAAAAGCAGGUCUUUGAGCUCUUGGUGCAGGGCUGGGCAGCCCGAGUUCCCCUCUCUCUCUAGCUGUGAGAAUGUGGACACACCUUAGGGGACCUGCCAAGGCCACCCCUGCUGUGGAAGCGGUGCCAGAGUGCUCCUAGGAAAACAGAAUGAAACCAAACUUGUGAUGCCAGUAGCAUCUGAUUUCCUUCAUUUGAUUGUCUGUCACACAGAAUAUUAAUUUAAAUGUUAUUUUGGAAAGUGGCUCUGGGGACA